AUGUUGCUGAUGGAGUCCAGUGGCCAGACUCCAGUCAGUGAUGUCACUACAAUGACCAUCACAAAUUUAAGCAACAGGACCGAGGUGGCUCCUGGAAAUAACAGUACUCAAGGAAGCAACUCUCUGGCUGUUGUGAGCUGGAGGUGGGAACAUGUCUCCACCCCGUACCUGGUGGCCCUGUGGGUCCUGGUCAGCUGGCUCUGCAAAUUCAUCAUCGAGUCCUUUCCUUCCUUUGUGACUAAUGUGAUCCCAGAGAGUGCCUUGCUCAUUGCCUUCGGCUGGAUUCUGGGUGGGAUCAUUUGGGCUGCAGACCUUCAGCAGACCUUCUCGCUGACCCCAGUAGUCUUCUUUUACUUCCUGUUGCCCCAAAUCAUCCUGGACGCGGGCUACUCCAUGCCAAACAAGCUCUUCUUUACCAACUUGGGGGGCAUCCUGCUCUACGCCAUCUUGGGGACCGUCUGGUGUGCUGCCACCCUGGGGCUGUCGCUGUGGGGGUGUCAGGCGGGAGGAGCCAUGGGUGCUUUGGACAUCGGUCUGCUGCAGUAUCUUCUCUUCGGCAGUCUGAUUGCUGCUGUGGACCCUGUAGCCGUCCUCGCUGUGUUUGAGCAAGUCCACGUCAAUGAGGUCCUCUUCAUCAUGGUGUUUGGAGAGUCGCUGCUCAACGACGGUGUGACAGUGGUGCUCUUCAAUGUAUUUGAUGCGUUUGUGAAACUGGGAGGACCCGGAAUAAAUGCUGUGGAGAUCAUUAAAGGGAUAAUUUCCUUCUUUAUAGUGGCGUUCGGUGGUUCCCUCGUGGGCUUAGCAUUCGGGCUGCUGGUCGCUUUACUUAGUAAAUACACUAAAAACAUCCAGAUCAUUGAGCCAGGCUUUAUCUUCGUCUUGGGAUACCUCUCCUACCUGACAGCUGAUAUGCUCUCCCUGUCUGCCAUCCUUUCGGUCACCUUCUGUGGUGUUAGCAGCCAGAAGUACCUCAAUUCAAACAUGGCUGAGAGCUCUGUCAACACAGUCAGAUAUGUCAUGAAGGUUUUUGCAAAUGGAUCAGAAACCAUCAUUUUUGUGUUCCUCGGCAUCUCGGCCAUUGAUAAGACAAUCUGGGUGUGGAACACAGGCUUCAUCCUACUCACGCUCUUCUUCAUCCUUGUGUACAGAUUCAUUGGUACCUUUGUCCAAACCUGGUGGCUUAACCAGUACAGGCUGGUCCCUAUUGCGUUCAUAGAUCAGCUGAUUAUGAGCUACGGUGGCCUGCGAGGGGCUGUCGCAUAUGGCCUGGCUACGAUGCUGGAUGACCAGAGAAUAAAGGAGAAGAAGCUGAUGAUCGGCACUACUCUCAUUGUUGUGUACUUCACUGUCAUUCUUCAGGGAAUAACGAUGAAACCUUUUGUCACGUGGCUUAAAGUAAAGAGAUCUGCAGUGGCGGAGGUCACACUCAUAGAAAAAGUGCAGAACAAGGUGUUUGAACACUCGCUUGUUGCCAUAGAAGAUAUAUCUGGACAAAUAGGAGAUAACUACCUGAGGGGCAAGUGGAAAAUAUUUGAGCAGAAGUGGAUGUCAAGGUUUUUGUUGACGUCGGAGGCGAGGAAUAAACAGGACUACAUUUUCAACGUCUUCCAUCAGCUGAACCUCAAGGAUGCCGUGGGUUACGUGGAUGAGGGUGAACGUAGAGGCUCUUUGGAGUUUGUCCGCAAUGAAUCUGCUUUCAUCGACUUCAAGAAGAAGUUUGGUGACGAAUUCUCAGAGGUCAUGCCUGACAUCAUGGCUGCUGCGUCAGAUGAUCCUGAUGCUAUGAGAAGAGACCCUGUGUCAUCAGUGAGCCUGCAAAUGCAUGAGAAGACCAUGCAGGGUACGAGAGAAACAGAGGACAUCAACGCUCAUCACCUGCUGCAACAGCAUCUGUACAAGGGCAGGAAACAGCACUUGCACAGGUACAGCCGGAACCAUAUCGAUAUCAACACAGAUGAUAAUGAGGUGCAGGAGAUCUUCCAGAGGACCAUGAGAAACCGUUUGGAGUCCUUUAAGUCUGCAAAGAUGGGCCUUGCUCCAGCAAAGACAAUAACCAAGCACACAAAGAAAGACCAGCAACAGAAGAUGCCAAAUGGGAAAUCAACGGACACAAGUAAAAACUACUAUGCUAAUAAUGAAGGUUUUGAGUUCUCAGAGGGAGCCUCGGGCUUAGAGGCGUCAGGUGGUUCAUUCCCCUUCAGGGUCAACUACAGAGCAGGAGCUGGAAUUGAGAAUCCAACCUUCAUGCCAGACCAGGACCCCAUGACACCGAUGCAGAUCCCUCCGUGGCAGGCGGAGGACGAGCCCGAUGGCAGCAGAGUGAUUUCUUCGCAGCGGGCCCAGGGGAGGCUGCCGUGGACGCCCACCAACCUGCGCCGCCUGGCCCCUCUACGCAUCAGCAAUCAGUCCACCGACUCCUUUGCACAGGCCGACACUCCUGCCUCGCAGGAGAAGGACAAGAAGUGGCCGCCUCCACCACCUCCUCCCUCUGACAAGUAG